GGUUUUUCCCAUUUGCUUAGAUUGUUGAGCAACGGAGCCAUUCGAUUCGUUCACGAUGCUGCCGCAGCAAUAUUGCCUGCGCUGGAAGUACCAUCAUAGCAAUCUGCAGACGAUGUUCUCGCAGCUGCUGGACCGCGGCUGCUUCUGCGAUGUGACGCUCGCCUGCGAGGGCCAAUUGAUAAGGGCCCAUCGUGUGGUGCUCUGUGCGUGCAGCACCUUCUUCGACUCGGUGCUCUCGAACUAUGCCAGCGAACGUGAUCCGAUAAUCAUCAUGAAGGAUGUCACCUUCGCCGAGGUCAAGUGCCUCAUCGAGUUCAUGUACAAGGGCGAGAUCAAUGUGGAGCAUGCCAGCUUGCCCUCGCUGCUGAAGACCGCGGACGAUCUGAAGAUCAAGGGCCUUGCCGAGGUUACCUGGCGCGAUGACGACGAUGGGCCGCCACCACCGAUGCCGGCUGCCGAGUUCCAUUCGCCUCCGCGCAGUCUGGCUGAGAGCUAUGGCCACGAUCUGGUGAAUCAGCAGGCGGCGCAUCUACAGCCACAGCUCUCGCUCGCACACAGCGAUCGGGAACGGGAAAGGGAACGGGAACGUGAACGUGACCGUGAACGUGACCGUGAACGCCAUUCGCCAGCGGGUCUGGAUAAUGUCUUGGGACUGAAUGCCGGCACUCGGCUGCCCGAUUUGACGCCCCUGCCCAGUGCCAGCGCUGGCUUGGACUGCCCAGCGACCGUCUCGGAUCCGUUUCUGGGACCCAAACGCAAACGGGGUCGCCCUCCGCUGGAUGACACAUACGAUGUAUUCAAUGUUCGCAAAUUGGCUCAAUAUGCUGCGAAUUUGGAGCCGGCACAGCGCGCAUAUUUGGAGUCGACGCGUCCCUUUGUUGAGGAAACGCUGCCAGUAGCACAUUCCGCCGCAUUGGCAUCGCCGCCUGCUGCCUGCCCGCCCAAGCAGCGCCAGCGUCUGCGCCAGCAGCAACAGCAACAGCAGCAGCAACAGCAGCAACAACAGUCGACGCCAGCACAAAUGGAGUUGGGGGAGCGCGAAUUGGAGGCAGUGCAGGAUUGGGCCAAAGAGUCAAGCCCCAAGCUAAGCGAUGUGGAGCUAAAGACAGAGCUGGAGGUGAGCAACGAUGCGAGCAGUGUGCAGGCAACAGCAACAACAACAACAACCGCAGCAGCAGCAGCAGCAGCAGGAGCCGCUGCCACUGCGCCGCUCUCCGGCUCCGUCAAGAAGCUGGUGGAGAAGCCGGUCGAGCGACGCGAGCGUCAUGGCAAGCUGCGCCAUGCCACGCGUCGGCUGUACGGCGAGCAUGAAAAGUCCGCCGAGAAGAAGCGCACAGCAGCAGCGGCGAGCGAGUCGCCGGCAGUCGAACAGCUGACGUCGCCCGAGCCGGCUGACCUGAGGGCGAGCGCAGCCGAUGUCGAUGUGGAUGCUGAGGGCGACGCCAACUCAGAGGCGUUGCCAAAGCCCGUCGAGGAGAUCGAGAAUGAGCAUUUGGUGGCAAACCGAGCCGAUUCGCCAGCUCUGCUGCCAGCUGCCGGCUUUGGUGGCAAGUACUUGAUCAACGAUCAUGGCAUGCUGAUGGCACACGAUUUUGCGCCCAAUGCGGUGGCCAGCGCCGCAGUUGCGGCUGCUGCGGCGGCGGCAGCUGUUGCUGUUGCCACGGCGAAUGGCGGCGCCGGUGGUGGUGGCGCUGGCAACAACAACAACAACAGCAGCAGCAGCAACAGCAACAACAACAACAAUGCGUCUGCAAGUGGCAUCGAGCAUGCCGGCGACUUUGCCGAGGUCAAGCUGGAGGAUUACGAUGCAGCCGAACUGCGGCUGACCAACGAGGAGCUAACCCAGUGGCAGGACGUCAUCAAAAUGGAUGACUACUUGGCCAAGGGUCGACGUCCACAGUUCUGGGAGGAGCCAUUCACCAAGCGCGUACUUGAUGCCAUCAAAAACAAAAGACUUGAAAUGAAGAAGGCGGCUCGCAUCUUGGGCGUCUCCUAUGGCACGCUCUACGGGCGCUAUCGCGAGGUCUACGGCUGUCUGAAGCAUCCCUACAGCGGCACCACUUUCCGCAAUUCCGUCGCCUCCUCCGCAGGCAGCCAGCUGUCGGUGCAGCCACGAUUCGAUCUGAGUUUCCGCAGCAGCAACGUUUUACCCACCCAACUGGAGUUGGGCAAGCUGCGGCAAAAGGAUCUCAGUGAGCUCUGGACGCGUCCGCAGAUAUGAAAACCAACGAAGGUGUUGAAAAAUCUCAAACGUCGACCCAGAUUGAUCUGAACUUAGUGUUAAGCACAAUUUCUAUAGGCUAACAUAUUUAUGGUCUAUAUACCCACAACACAAACAAACAAACAAACAAACAACAUUCAACAAAAAGACAGUUAAAUUAAGCGUGAGGCUAGUUUAAAAUAAUCAAAAUUAAAAAAAAAAAAAAAAAAACAAAAAA